AUGAACAACUUCGGCGUGAUCGAAGUAGCCGGCUCAAAGACUACCAACGCGCCGGGCUGGGCGUACAUACCCGACACGGUCGUCAACCCGGCCGCCGCGUCUUUCCAACCUACAAACCGAAAGCGAGCGGCGCGCAAGCAGGCCGCCCUCAGCGUCUCCGAUGUGUCCGCACGACAAGAGGCCAAGAUCCGCAAGGAGCUGGAGGCCCUCGACAGGGACAACCACAGGGAUGUGAACAUCCAAUUACCUCCCAAAGCUGGCGGGAGCAGAGCCCAGAACAAGAGCACACCCAACGUCCGCAAGAUCCUCCAGUCGCAAAAGACGUUCGCGAACCACCUCGACGACUUCCAGGCCAUGCUAGCCCACGCCGAGAACAACCCGACCCCAUCGUCGGGCGGCAACGGCGGCGGCCCGUCCUCGAAGGCGGCCGGCGGUCCGCCUCCCCCCACACACCCAGCACCAGGCACCAAGCGAGGCGCCGCCCAAAAAGCCACGGCGUCAUCCAAAGCCGGGCGCAGGACCUCGACGCCUGCAAAGGCAUCAACACCCGCAAAGGCGUCAUCAUCAGCAGCAGCAGCAACAGCCGACCAGUCCUCCCAAGACGUCGAGAUGGCCGACGCCGACGCCGACAACGCAGAACCACCACCACAACAGCAGCAGCAGCAGCUCGCGCCCCCCGCCGACUCAUACCCAGCAGACGGCACCGUCCUCCCGGCCUACGGCAGGGCGCCGCCGCGGGCGCACGCGGGCGACACGGACCCGCUGCUGGCGUCGCGGGUGCCGCCGUUCCCGGCGGACGACGAGCUGCGGGUGCUGCUCUCGGCGGCGCCGCUCAGCUACCUCGAGGCGGGGGCGGGGGCGGGCCGGGAGGCGAUGGGCGGCAAAGUGCGCGAGGCGGGGGGCUACCCGGUGCGGCGGUUCUGCGAGGUGUGCGGGUACUGGGGGCGGGUGCGGUGCGCCGGGUGUGGGGCGCGGGUGUGUGCGCUCGAUUGUCUUGAUGUGCAUCGGGAGGAUUGCGUUACGAGGUAUGGGGCGUGA